AUGUACAAGGCCGUCAUCCUGCCGACGCUACUGUAUGGAGCGGAGACUUGGACGGUGUACACAAAGCAGGCACGCCGUCUGAACCACUUCCACCUCAGUUGUCUUCGUCGCAUCCUGAGGCUGAACUGGCAAGACCGAAUUCUCGACACUGAUAUGCUUGGACGGACGGGAAUCCUCAGCAUCUACACCAUGCUGAGACAAAUGCAGCUGCGUUGGAGCGGCCACCUGGUGCGCAUGGACGACGAGCGACUACCCAAACGACUCUUCUACGGACACGUCGUGACGGGUUCUCGCCGCUAA